GUUUAGUUUGUCAGCCCAAUCGUAUAUCAUAGCAUGACAAUCCUGUUUUUGAAACGGAAUGAAAUUGACUUAUGUGUUGUAAAUUUGAGUUUUCAUCGAAUUCGAUCGACUGCAUUCCCUAUUCACUCUUCUUAUCUGAAUGUUUACAUUUGGUUCCUAAGACUAUUUACAAUAUCUACUUUCAAUAAGAAUCAUCAAUUUAUUACUGAAGAAUUUAUGAUAUCCCGGAAGAAACGAUCACUGUAGUCGAACAUCACUGGCAAUCAUAUUUCUUCGUACAUCAUUGAGCUGCAAAAUAAAAGAUAGAUAAAUUUAUUAAUGAACUUCUUAUUUUUACACUGCAACUCCAAUGUGAACAUAAGUUUCAAGAUACUACAACAUUUUCGCAAUGUGGUGAAAAAUGUCUCGAUAGUUAUCUUAUGUUUUUCAACGGUUCUCUUCGAGAAGCAUGCGAAGAAGCUUUCAGUUCAAGAAAUUUGUCUUAUUAAUUUUUUUCUUGUUAUAUAAAACAUAUACUUCUUUCUUAUUUGAGCUCCGCUCUAUUCUUGUUUGCACACAUCAUGACGAGGAUCAAAUUAAGAAAAAUUUUUGUGAAACUAUGCUCAAUUCAUCGGAUAUUGUUAGUUAUUUAAAUAUGAAUUAUGCUGUCUGGUCAUGGGAAGUUACUUGUGAUUUGCAUGUACAUACGUAAAUUAGAUGUCAUGUGAAUUCGAGAAGUUUGAUUUUGUUUUUGUAUUUAGGUUAGCAAAUAUUUACAAAGAAAUAUUUUCCACUCAAUUCAUAGAUACGUUUUCCAUUGAAAAAUCCCCCAUUGGUUAUUGUAAUUAUGCGACAAUUUGAAUACGAAAGAGAUGGAUUUACAGUAUUGGAAUAUCAAUUUGAAAGAUUUGUUAAAGAUAAUAGUUCUGUACGUGUUAUGACUGAUAAUCAUAACAUUCUAUCCAAUAAAUUGGUUGUUUUCACAGUGAAAUACGAUGAAAAUGAACAGAAUUUAUUAUUUUAUUUCGUUAUAAAAACUGGUCCUUGUUGGGAAAUUAGACUUGAAAUAGCACAAUAUCUUCCAUUAAAUGAUGCGAUUUCUGCAUUCUUGAUUCGUAUUCUUUUUCUAUUACAAAAUAUUCAAUGGUAUAACCCAUAUGAUCCAUUUAUUAAAACAAUUCUUCCAAAAAUCAGCAAAGAAAAAAUGAUUUCAUUACAACUGAAUGAACAUCUAAUGUAUUCACACAUUGAAGAAGAUUUAUUAUGUAAGUUUAGAGAAGUUGUUUCAAUAAGUCUUCAUAAUUUAUCAUCCACUUAUCGAAUUUUCACAUAUAUGAAAAUGUGCCUCAAUUUAAUUCGUGUCUAA